AAUCUGCCAGGCAGUGCAGACAGAGCACACAGUUAAGGCGACGAAGGCUGCGGGUACCGAGAAAGAUUGGGACAACGUAAACAAUAGGUGUCAAGAGUGGAUUCUGCGUUGUGGAAACUAUUCAUUGUUUGAUUUGCAGCAGAGUCAGAACCUCUGGAAGAGGCUGCAGACGUAGAAAACGAAGACAACAGUAGACAACACAGCGAUUACGAAAUGCACCAACAAGGAAGCUGUUCGCCACCUGCCCGUGAGCCAGUCCAUAGUUCGCCGGAUACGUCGCUGCCAACAGAUUUAACACCAUGAAAACGACAGCUGACACAAAGAAUUAACGAGCAAAAGUUAAAAUUGGCAAAGCAGAGGAAAAAAAAACUGUGGAGAAUGUGACAUCUUGCCAUGAAGAAGCCUGAUCUAAAAGCUGUGGCAACGGAGGCUGUUAAGCAUAGGUCUCCAAAAUGUGGAACAUUAUUUGGUAUGCAGCUGCUACACAAGCCUUUCACUCCUUGGACGGAAGAGGAGAGACAACUGUCGUUGAGCUUAUUUUAUAAACGUCCUGCCGCAUAUGAAGUUGGAAUGAAACUACCUUCGAAAAAAAUUAUUCAGAAGUGGGUCAGUGAAAUGGAUAUUAUAGCGGGCACAGAAACUAAACUAUUCGAACAUCUUGUAGAAAAAGUGAAGACAAUGGAUGAAAGUUGCCAAGGUUGUGUAUUGGUGUUCGACGAAAUGAGUGUGAGGAAGUGUCUCAGUUACUGCGCUAAGUAUGAUAUCAUUGAGGUCUAUGAAGAUUUUGGCAGCCUAAGACGUACGUCUAAGGUGGCAACACAGUCUCUCAUGUUCCUUGUUCGUGGGCUGCCGCAAAAAUGGAAAUUACCUGUUGCCUUUUUUACGUCUUGUAAACAGACCAAAUCUGAUGUAAUGAAACAGUUGCUCUUCGUUGUAGUAGAGAAACUUUUUACUCUUGGCUUAAAGGUUUGUGAAUUCAAUGAUGAGGGACAAUGAACGUUUGGAUCCUUAAUUGCUUCAGCUUGAUCCGUGCUCAAUGCAUCGAAAGUAUAUCUUAGAAAUGCUGUGUAAAGUACGGCUGCAGAAGGAGCUACUUUGGAUUUCAAACGAAAUGUAUCCAGCAAAAGACUCAAAAGCAUCCAAACUUCGCGGGGUAAAUAAACAAAUUCAGACCAUAACUUUCUUAUUGCAAAGCUAAAGUUUAAUUUUACCUUACUAUGUAUUAUAUUUUACUCUGUUUAUUUUCUGUCUGCGGUUUGCUUAUUUAUGAAUCACAGUGUCUGUCCAACACGUCUGUUAACUCUUUUAAUUUCCUUUAUUUCAUCAGAACGGUUAUAUUUAAUACCAUAUGUAUCACAUGAUUUUGAUUAGAUCUGAUGGGUUUUCGGGGAAUCACCGACUUUUCCUCACAUGAUGUUCUGGGCGCAAAAGAAUUUUAUAUCUAUGGAUGACAUGUA